AUGCAGGCAACAGCAGCCGCGGGGCCUGACGAGGAGACCAUGGGCGCCUCAACCUCCUGGGGCCUGCCCGCCCGCGUCCCAGCUCCGCACCGCGAGCCACAGGAGGCUCCAGGCCCGAACCAACUGCCCAUCGAGAUGCUCCGGAAGGUGCUGAGCUACCUGCCUCCAAGCACGCUGCUCCGGCACUGCCGCCCGGUGUGCCGGCGCUGGCGAGACGUGGUGGACGGCUGGGACCUGUGGCGGAGCAUCCUGCCUUGGAAACACCCCGACCUGUGGCCCGUCAUCCGCACCUGCCUGCCCCCUGCUGACAGCCCCGGGCCCUGCAUCCUGGGCCGCUUCUGCGAGCGCAGACCCAUAGGACGCAAGCUCACCGCGAACCCCCCGGGCAAAGACCUCUGGAACUGUAUGGUGCUGAGUGGUAGCGAUAGCUCAGAGGAAGAGGAAGACUUGGGGGCCAGGCUGAAGACUUCUGGGGAGACGAGCUACAGUCCUGCCUACAGGUGUUGGUACAAAGGAGAAAUUUUGGACCUGAAGGAGGAGGGUCUGUGGCGGGAACUCCUGGAUAGUGGAAAGAUUUGGAUUUCUGUCUGUCGCCGCUGGACAGAACAACAAGGCAGUGACCGGAUGUAUCAGCUAGUCGUCAAGCUUCUAGAUGCCAACUAUGCCAUCUUGCAUUAUUUCUUCCAUAAACGUUUUCCCGUCAGGCCGCGGACAGGCAGUUUCUCCUUUCGGAUCAUGCAUGCGUUCACCAACAUCAAGAAGGGCGUCCGCUUUGUGUUGUUUGACCACAGUGUCGAGGGCUAUGAUUCGUGGCCUGAGCAGUGUGGAGUCUGCAGGCCCCAAUCCAGUGUCAUCGUACGGAUCCGUCCCUAG